UCGAGGUGCUUUCCCCGCGGGCAGACGGACUGCGCCAAGAUGUUGGACGGCAUCAAGAUGGAGGAGCACGCCCUGCGCCCCGGGCCCGCCACUCUGGGGGUGCUGCUGGGCUCCGACUGCCCGCAUCCCGCCGUCUGCGAGGGCUGCCAGCGGCCCAUCUCCGACCGCUUCCUGAUGCGAGUCAACGAGUCGUCCUGGCACGAGGAGUGUUUGCAGUGCGCGGCGUGUCAGCAAGCCCUCACCACCAGCUGCUACUUCCGGGAUCGGAAACUUUACUGCAAACAAGACUACCAACAGCUCUUCGCGGCCAAGUGCAGCGGCUGCAUGGAGAAGAUUGCCCCUACUGAGUUUGUGAUGCGGGCACUGGAAUGCGUGUACCACCUGGGCUGCUUCUGCUGCUGCGUGUGUGAGCGGCAGCUACGCAAGGGUGACGAGUUUGUGCUCAAGGAGGGCCAGCUGCUGUGCAAGGGUGACUACGAGAAGGAGAAGGACCUGCUCAGCUCCGUGAGCCCGGACGAGUCCGACUCUGCAUCUGCCUGGACAGAGGACUUUGGUACUGCCAAGUCCCUUGGUGGAGGCAGUGAGCUCCCCUCCAUCUGUCCCUCUGUCCUUCACCACCAUGGCCAGGCCUAUGGUUUCUUGGACUCCUGUGGGAAAGCAGAAGAGGCUGGCCAGAUGAAGAAGUUGGCACGACGGCACCAGCAGCAGCAGGAGCAGCAGAACUCCCAGCGGCUGGGCCAAGAGGUCCUGUCGAGCCGCAUGGAGGGCAUGAUGGCCUCCUACACGCCGCUGGCCCCACCGCAGCAGCAGAUCGUGGCCAUGGAGCAGAGCCCCUACGGCAGCAGCGACCCCUUCCAGCAGGGCCUCACGCCACCCCAAAUGCCAGGUGACCACAUGAACCCCUAUGGGAACGACUCCAUCUUCCACGACAUCGACAGCGAUACCUCCUUAACCAGCCUCAGUGACUGCUUCCUCGGCUCCUCCGACGUGGGCUCCCUGCAGGCCCGCGUGGGGAACCCCAUCGACCGGCUCUACUCCAUGCAGAGUUCCUACUUCGCCUCCUGA